AUGACCAGGUCUGUGCAUAAGGAUGAAGAUUCUGGUGGUGCUUUGCAGGAUGGCUUGGAGACAUCGACCAGUGGGACUGCUGCAGUGGUCCAGGUGACAGGACACAAUCAGACUCACUUGAGUGACCAGAGCAUCCCCAACUUCAGCACAGAGCCAGACAGGAUAGACUACAUCCUGGUUUGGGAAGAAGGACCUCCCAAAAAGCAGCAUAAAGCCUGGACAAAACACAAGGAGCACCAGAAGAAAGACGCUGAGCACCACAUCUGGAGGCUGAAUUUCUUGAGGCAGCUUCGAUCUAGUGGACUUCACAUGGAACAGCAUGUGGUCAAGAGUGGAAAGAGAUCCAUUCACUACGUCCUGCUCAGUGCCCCCUGGCCUGUCCUCUGUUACUACGCUGAGGCUCUCAGGAUGAAGAUGCCGCUGCAGGCCUUGCCCCAUCAGCCCUCCCACUGGUCUGCCAAGCUGAUGAGGAAGCUGGGCAUACAUAACCAGCUGUAUGAGGAGGUUCCCGACAUGCCUCAGGACUAUUACACCUGCCUGUUCAAGGUGAACAAGUUAUCCAGGUUUCUGGGCAGCGACAAUCCAAAGACUUUCUUUGCCAGCACCAAAAGGCACCAGAUCCUCUAUGAGAUCCUGGAGAAGACGAUGUUUGGCCAUGAAAGGAGGGGCCUGUUUGGGAUUGAGCAGCUGCUGUCUGAGAAGGUCUUUGAGGCCGCGUUUCCUCCACAUGAUGGACCCUUUCAAAUCCCUCCAGAGGGACUGGCCCCUGAGGAAAUGAAUCAACGUCAAAUCCUCUACCAUUACUGGGCCAAGUGGAGCAAAUGGAUGAAAUACCAGCCACUGGAUCAUGUCCGAAGGUACUUUGGAGAGAAGAUAGCCUUCUACUUUGCCUGGCUGGGUUUUUACACAGUGUGGCUCCUGCCAGCAUCCGUGGUGGGGGCAGUGGUCUUCCUGGUGGGCUGUUUCAACGUGAACACAGAUAUCCCAACGCAAGACAUCUGUGACACUAAGAGGGACCGCUGGAUGUGUCCCCUUUGCAGGGACUGCCCGUUCUGGAAGCUGUCAAGCAUCUGUGAGAUCGUGAAGACCGGGCGCCUCUUUGACAACACGGGGACCAUUUUCUUCAGUGUGUUCAUGUCCCUGUGGGCAGUGACAUUCCUGGAGUAUUGGAAGCGUAAGAGUGCCACGCUGUCCUAUCGGUGGGACUGCUCUGACUACAAGGACUAUGAGGAGCCACCUCGGCCCCAGUUCUCGGUCAUGGCACCUGUGAUGACGCAGAACCCAAUCACCCACCUCGAAGAGCCCUACUUCCCCAAAAAGAAUCACUUCCAGCGCAUCUUCAUGGCAUCCUCCAUCAUCUUUGCCAUGGUCAUCUUCAUCAUCUUGCUCCUGAUAGCCAUUGUCCUGUACCGGACAACCGUUGCCAUCUUGGUGUCCAAAACCACAAAUAUCUUCCUCUUGAAGUGGGCAUCUCGGAUUGCCACUUUCACGAGCGCCAUGAUGAAUCUUUGCUUCAUCAUUCUCCUUGUCAAAAUCUAUAUCCCAAUUGCAUAUGCUCUGACCAAUUGGGAAAUGCACAAAACCCAGUCCAAGUUUGAGGAUGCAUUUGUUUUGAAAGUGUUUAUUUUCCAGUUUGUCAACAUCUACUCCUUUCCGAUCUACAUCGCCUUCUUCAAGGGGAGAUUUUCAGGUUACCCAGGAAACUACCGGACCUUCUUUGGAAUUCGAAAUGAAGAUUGUGUUAACAGUGGCUGUCUUGUUGAGCUUGCCCAGGAGAUGAUGGUCAUCAUGGUGGGGAAGCAAAUCUUCAACAACGUAUUGGAAAUCCUCAUCCCGAAACUGAAAUCAUGGAAACAAAGAAAAAAGCUUCAUGCCAAGCAAAAGAGGAAAGAUGAGAAGACGACCUCAAACAUCCUUUGGGAGGCAAACUAUGAGCUUCUGGAAUACGAAGGGCUAUUUCAGGAAUACCUGGAGAUGGUGAUACAGUUUGGAUUCAUCACCAUCUUUGUGGCCGCCUGCCCUCUUGCACCGCUGUUCGCCCUCCUCAAUAACUGGCUCGAGAUCCGCCUUGAUGCCCAGAAGUUUGUCUGCCAGUACCGGCGCCCAGUGGCAGAAAAAGCCCAGAACAUCGGCAUCUGGUUUUGUCUCCUGCAGACUCUCACCCACUUGGCGGUCUUAAGUAAUGCCCUCCUCAUCGCCUUCACUUCUGACUUCCUGCAAAGGGCCUAUUACCAGUACACCCAUUCUUACGACCUCCACGGAUACAUCAACUUUACCCUGGCCCAGGCCCCCCAGGCCUUCACCUCCAAAUACAACCACACAUGCAGGUACCAGGCUUUCAGAGGGGACGAUGGUCAGUAUUCUUUUACUUUCUGGAACCUUCUGGCAAUCCGUCUGGCCUUCGUCAUAGUGUUUGAGCACGUCAUCUUCUCCGUGGCCUGGUUGAUUGAUGCCAUCGUGCCCGAUAUCCCAGAGUCGGUGGAAAUCAAAGUGAAGCAUGAACGCUACCUGGCCAAGCAAGCCUUGGCUGACCAUGAGAUUCUCUUUGGGACAAACCCAGCCAAAGACCAAGAACCGGAGGGCUCAGAGCAAAAGCUGUUUGCAAACAAUUCAUCCACUCCCUGCACACUGAGUGCAAGCUCUUCUCAUGCCCAGGGUCCUCUCCUCUCCAAAGCUCCGGAUGGCCUCCAGAGUGGCAGCAGGGCUAUCCCGAGAGGGGCAGAGGCCCGAAGAGCCACACCUGCAGGGUGGCUGGUCCUACAAUAUCGUCCUGAAAUGCAAACAAGUCACCCAACUGUGGAAGGACUUCCGCCCACUCCCAUUCAGGCAUCCUGA